CAGUGUAAUCUGUUGUUUGGGCCUUUCAGAAAGUGCAAGCAGCGCAGUCCCGUUUCAUUCACUGUGCAGCUGUACUUUGCUUAGUGUAUAUCUGGGCCACAUCAGCGCUGAAAAUGCACCGCGUUUUAAUAAGUGUCCUUUGCAGUGCAUUUCUUUUUACUGUAAUAUUGUGCGAUAAUGAGACAGACCAGGAUGAGCAUAUCAAACACACUUACACAGUGGAGAUGUUCAACAACGCUAUUCCGACUGCUCCACACUUCGUGAUGUUCUUUGCACCUUGGUGUGGUCAUUGUCAGAGGCUUCAGGGGACCUGGAAUGAGCUGGCAGAUAAAUACAACAGCAUGGAAACUCCCCCUGUUUAUGUGGUUAAAGUAGACUGCACACAGGACACAAAGUUUUGCUCCAGCAACCAUGGGAUUCGGGGAUAUCCCACUUUGAAGCUGUUUAAACCUGAACAGGAGGCAGUGAAGUAUCAGGGCCCAAGAGAUCUGCAUUCCCUAGAAACCUGGAUGCUGAAAACUCUUCAGGAGGAGACAGUGGCGCCACAGAGUGAGCCUGAGGCUCCCAAAGUGCCAGAGCCCCUGCAGGGCAUGUAUGAGCUUACUGCCUCCAACUUCAAAGAACAUGUCUCCAAAGGUGCUCACUUUGUGAAGUUCUUUGCACCAUGGUGUGGUCAUUGCAAAGCUAUGGCUCCCACAUGGGAGCAGCUUGCUAUCAGCUUCGAACACUCUGACUUGGUCAAGAUUAGCAAGUUAGACUGUACUCAACAUUAUGAGAUCUGUUCGGAGAACCAGGUGCGAGGCUACCCUACAUUGCUCUUCUUUACAGAUGGUGAAAAGGUAGAUCAGUACAGGGGAAAACGUGAUCUGGAGUCCUUUAAAGAAUUUGUGGAUAAUCAAUUAGCAGCUGCCUCUUUAAAAGUUAAAGCAGCUGCUGAGGAUGCAAAAGGCAAUGAAAUACCACAGAACACGGAUUCUGUUGAAGAUGAGUCCACUGUUAAAAUCCUCACUGAAAGCAACUUUGCCGAGUCUACUGCUAAAGGGAUUUCCUUCAUCAAAUUUUAUGCUCCAUGGUGUGGCCACUGCAAGAACCUGGCUCCUGUUUGGGAGGACCUGUCUAAGAAGGACUUUCCUGGUCUGACUGAUGUCAAGAUUGCUAAAGUGGACUGUACUGUAGAGAGAACCCUCUGCAACAGAUUUUCAGUGAACGGAUACCCAACACUGCUGAUAUUCCGAGGAGGCCAGUUGGUGGAAGAGUAUAAUAGUGGACGGGACUUGGAGAGCUUGCACAGCUUUGUCAUGAAGCAAGCCAGAGAUGAGCUGUAGCUCUACCUCAUUACUCAGAAUAUCCUAUACUUGUACCUGAUCUUGUUCUGUUUUUUCUCCCAUUUUUAUCAUUAAAUAAAAUCUGAAUGUAUUUGAUUUCAGCCAAGUCCAUUUCACUUGGAAACCAAUGAAUGGAAAGGUAUUUCUGAUUGAUGACCACUUUUCCAGUAAUAGAAACCCCCCCCCCCAACCCCCCCUCCUCAUUUUUUUUUAUAAACUGUCUAUUCAACAUCUAGUAAUCAUUAUAGCCUGACUUAUUGGGCCAGGAAUAGAGUUUACUGUUACUGUAAGAAGAAUCUUGUAACUUGGCUCUCAGGGAGAACUUUUUGUUUUAAAUAAGGAGUUGUUCCUUCAUUCUGCCAUUUGUUAUUUUCUUUACAUGUUAAAACUGCACAUUUGUGUUGUCUCACAUUUCAGUUUUAUAAGAUUCCCCUGUGGGAAAACUCGGACUGUGAAGCCAUCUUCAGUCAUAACUGGUCUAUAUUCAGUCACUGGUCUUUAUCUUACUUAUUACACCUUACCAUUUCAUUAUCAUAACCUUUUAGAACUAGUACACAGUGAUUAGUGCAGGUAAAACACAAGGAUUCUGUUAGUCCUAGACUUGUGUUGAGAACCACAGGUGGGGUUUUAGGGAGAUCUCCAAAAUUUAAUUUUUCAGCAGAACAAGCUUUUGCAGCUUGAUGCCAGGAUUAGCAUCAUAAUAUGACACUUGAAAACUGAAGUUACAAGUUUAAAAGAACACUGCAAUUUUGUAUGAUUAUUUUUGCGUACAUUUCAUUGGGUUUCUUCUACAUCUGUUUCUAUACCUGAAAGAUUAAUGAAAGAAAAAAGUGGUGCAGUAUCUUUCACUACCAAAUGAUUUUGUACAAAACCAUUUUAAAAAUUGUUCUACAAAUGUUAUUAAACUUUUUAAAUCCAAAAA